UCCAAAUUCCAAAUCAAGCCUCCAUCUCUUUCCUCAGAGACAAACGGAAGAAAAUUAAGACUAGUUGGGGACAUGGGCGUUCUGAUUCUGAUUCUCCUACCGGUUUUCUUAUGCCUGAGUCCACCCAUUUGUUAUGCUCAACAUGAAGACCAAUCUUCCUCAUUUUCUUCGCUUAGAACAGUCAUAGAUGUAAAAGACGGCCCGGAUUCAGUUGUAUGGGUUGUUCAGCUCUCUGAUCUCCAUUUCAGUGUUCACCAUCCUGAUAGAGCCAUCGAUUUUAAAAACAUUGUGCCGGCUGCCCUUGCCAUGAUUAACCCUUCUCUCGUCCUCAUUACUGGUGAUCUUACAGAUGGGAAAAGCAAGGAUCUGUUAGUAAUGAAGCAAAAUGAAGAGGAAUGGGUGGAAUACAAGAACGUAAUGGAAGAUGUUAUGAAAAGAAGUGGGCUUGAUAAGAACAUCUUCUAUGAUCUUAGAGGGAAUCAUGAUAAUUUUGGUGUACCAAUUAUUGGUGGCUCAUUAGAUUUCUACUCAAAGUAUAGCAUCAACGGGCAAUUGGGAAGGAGUGGACAUGUAAAUAGUGUCACACUCACUCUUCAGGGUGGUAGACAAAAAUAUCUGUUCGUGGGUUUGGACAGCACAAUGUCUCUUGGCUUACGAGGUCCAACUAAUCUUUUCGGGCAUCCAACUGACCAACUUUUGACUGAAAUAGAUUCGGAGCUAUCACAAUGGGAUUCUCAACCGCUUAAACCAAUGAGCAAGAUAUCUUUUGGGCAUUUUCCUCUAUCAUUUUCAGCUUCCUCUCAAUCUGGAAAGACCCUGAACGAUAUCUUCCUUAAGCAUUCACUUUCCGCUUAUGUAUGUGGGCAUCUCCAUACAAGAUUUGGAAAGAACUUAAAAAGGCACCACUUGUCAAGUCCUAGUUUUCUAUCUUCUAACAAGUUUUUCCAGUUUAAUUUACAUCAAACACGAUCAGAAGGUGGUAAGAAUUGUUCAUUUGGCGCUCCACCGGUUGAAGAAUUUUGGGAAUGGGAAAUGGGUGACUGGAGGAAGAGUAGAGCCAUGCGUAUCUUAGCCAUUGAUAGAGGUCAUGUUUCAUUUGCUGAUAUUGACUUUAAUUCAGGGUCCAAAAAGACUAUUAUAUUACCAACAUUUCCACUUGACUCGCGUUUCAUGUCAACAUCUUCAUCACAUCAUGAGUAUGAAUGUGAACAUAUGCUCUCUUCAUCUUAUGAGACAGUGAGAGCUCUUGUGUUUUCUGUUUCUCCAAUUGUGUCAGUUGUGACUAAAAUAUAUGAUACAAGAUAUGGAAAGCUUGAGACAAUUGUGGAUGCAUCAAUGACCAAGGUUGAAGAUGAAUCCUCCAGGGGAGAUCUUUAUGUGGUUCCUUGGAAUUAUAAAGCAUUCCAAGACCCAUCAGCUAAUAGAUUCUGGCUGCAAAUAGAAGCAACUGAUAAUGGCCGGACAACUAAGACCGAACGAAGACCAUUUUCUGUAAACGGGAUUCAUGCUAUAUCAUGGACUUGGAGGGAGUUUUUUGUCAUGGGUUGUCUGACCGGAACUCUGGCAGCUGAGAGAGCUGUGCAUAGAGACAAAUUUCUAUCAAUUUCGGGAAAUAAAAAAGAUGACCACAGAGGACUGGAUAAGUCUGUUAGAUAUGAUUCCCGAGGCAAUAUGAGAUCAAAUUGGAUACGGUUAAUUCUUUUGGUUCUUUGCUUGGUUAUCUGUUGGAAGCAUUUCAAGAAUUGCAGAUCCCUCAUGAAAGCUUAUGAAAUGAAUCCGCUUCUUCAUUUUCCAGUGUAUACUCUUGCAAUUCCACUAUUGUUGGCUUAUGUCAUCCACAAAACUAAGAGGAAUUAACAAGUAUGGUUAGGUUUUCUCUCCUCCGUUUUUGUUUUUCUUGCUAGUAUACUUGGUAGAUAGAGCUCAAGGUACAUUUGAAAGUAUCUGGAAGAUGAUUGCAGCAGAAAGCGAGUGGGCUGAACAACACCUGGUUUAGUUGAAAAUGUAGUUUUAGCCUAAUACUAACUGGCAAUUAUUUGGAUAGCCUUUGUGGCCUGAUUACAAUUUUGAUAUGUACCACAGUUGAAGACAAACAACUGUGAUAUCUGAAGCCUCUCCAUACUUGGA